UAAAGGAACAAAGAAACCCAAUGCGUCGACAGAAAUCUUCGUCACAAGAAAGACGAACUAUAUAUGAACUUGUCAGUGAAAUUCAAACAGGCCCGCAGUUACAUGCAAACACUAUCAAUGACAGAUCACUGUUUAUAUUUGAGAGAAAAUGGUUCGUCAGAAGAAUAGCAAUAUAUGUGACGGAGAGUAAAUUUUUUGAAAUUUUCAUCCUAAUUACAAUUAUAGCUAAUUGUAUUGUGUUAGCGCUAGAGGAACAUUUACCAAACAAUGACAAAACAAAACUAACCAUAGAACUGGAAAAAUCAGAAGUUUAUUUUUUGUCCAUCUUUACCGCCGAAGCUGUGUUGAAAAUAAUUGCAAAGGGUUUCAUUUGUGGGAAAAACGCAUAUCUACGGGACAACUGGAACAAACUUGAUUUUACUGUCGUUAUUUUGGGAAUUUUAGAGCACAUCAUAACCUUUUUGGGUGACGAUAUAGACCUGAAUCUACUGAGAUUAGCACGAGUCCUGCGGGCCCUGAGACUUAUAUCUGGAAUACCAAAUAUGAAGAUAGUGACCAUGACUAUUUUUCGGUCCGUAUUUCCUCUGCUGCCCGUCUUCUUUCUCGUCACAAUGGCAGUGCUGAUUUUCGCCAUUAUUGGUAUGGACUACUACCAGGGAGCAUUUAACAGGGCUUGCUUCAAAGAUAAUAGAUCCAGGAUUGCUAAUCACGAUAGAGUAUGCCUUUCCGACAUGGUAGAACCCCAGCGGCCAUGCCAGGUUGACCUUGACAGCGAUGGUCACCAUUGCACUGGAAAUACCACAUGUCGUCGGUAUUGGAUAGGGCCCAACAGGGGUAUUACAAGCUUCAACAACAUUGGCCUUGCAUUACUGACAGUAUUUCAGUGUCUCACUAUGGAAGGUUGGACCGACUUGUAUUACUGGACUAACGACGCCAAAGGAACCCGGUGUAACUGGCUGUAUUUUAUCCCACUUAUAAUGUUCUGUGCCCUUUUUAUGAUGAAUCUCGUACUUGGAAUAUUAAAAGGGGUCUUUACAAGAGAACGAGAAAAAAUACAACGAGAAAAGAAAAAUGAAAAAUUCCAAGAUCCAAAUGAAAAACAACAAAUGCGAAACUAUUUCCAGUGGAUAAACAGAGGGGAGGAAAUUAUGUGUAGGGAGCAAUCUUCUUUACCGAAGCAGACACAUGAAAGUUUUAAAGAAGCUUUCAAAAGAGAGAUGUCAAAAAUAAGGAUAUUGUAUGUGAGACGAAUAGUGGACUCGGACGUUUUCUUUUGGGGUACAAUGUCUUGUGUGGCAGCUAACACUGUAAUAACAGCUACAGAACAUUACAAUCAGCCUCAAUGGCUGGAUAGUUUACAGUAUUAUAUGGAAAUAUUGUUUGUUGUGUUAUUUACUAUUGAAGUAGUUCUAAGGGUAUGCGCGCAUGGAUAUCGACAAUAUUUCUACUCCUCCUUCAACAGAUUCGAUGUAUUGGUUUGGGUGAUUAGUGUCAUAGGGCUUAUCCUGCUUAUUCACUCUGGUAAUCAAGGCUUGAGGUGUAGUGUCUUCAGAAGUUUGAGAUUGCUAAGAGUUUUCAAGAAAACAAGGUAUAAUGACAAAAUAGAGAAACUUAUACAGGUGAUGGCCGGAAGUAUAUCGUACAUGCUGAGUCUGCUAUUUCUCCUCUUCCUCUUCCUGUUUGUGACUUCUCUGAUUGGGAUGCAGCUGUUUGGCGGACGGUUUAAUUUUGAGGAAGGGAGACCGGCUUCCCAUUUUGAUUCUUUCCCAAAAGCUAUAUUGACAGUAUUUCAGAUUAUAACGGCGGAGGACUGGAAUUCAGUCAUGUACAACGGAGUCCGGGCCUAUGGUGGAAUAGACGGAGUGGGCGUCUCCGUGGUGUUCUUCUUCAUAAUUGCCGUUCUCUUUGGAAACUAUACACUUCUCAAUGUUUUCUUCGCCAUUGCAGUAGAUAGUCUUGCUGAGGCAAAAGAACGCUCUGAAUCAGAGAAAAAGAGCUCGAGGGAGAUAAUUGAUUUCGAUUGCAGGGUGAGAGUGUUCGUCCGAAAGGUGGUCCAUCAUGAUUGGUUUGAAAAAUUGGUGAUGGUCUGUAUCGUACUGAGUAGCAUUACUCUAGCGGCAGAAGAUCCUUCGAAGGGCAAUAACUCCGUCCACAACAAAGUCCUGUUUUGGAUAGACUCUGUUUUUGCUAUAGUUUUCACCAUGGAAAUGAUACUGAAAAUUAUCGAUAUGGGAUUUGUAUUGCAUGAAGGAUCAUAUUUAAGAUAUGCCUGGAAUUAUUUGGAUGCUGUAAUUGUUGUUGCUUCUAUUGUAUCCUUAUUUAUAAGAGACUCAAAUACGAAGUCGUUGAAGAUCUUUAGGGUGUUGCGAAUAUUAAGGAUUUUAAGAACUAUCAACGUCAAAACGUUUAAAGGCUUAAAGACGGCAUGUGAGAAGUUUCUGAAGUCGGUAAAGAGCGUAGGACCUCUUGUUUUGAUAUAUGUACUGAUGCACUUCACAUUUGCCAUCAUGGCGGUUCAACUGCUGAAGGGAAGACUGUGCUAUUGCACUGACAUCACAAAGCAAAAAGAUCAGUGCAGGGGAACAUUUAUCCAGUAUACAGGAUUACACUUUCAAAACUUGAAAGUCAGCAACAGAGAAUGGAAGCGGCGUGAUUUUCACUUCGAUAACGUUUUUGCUGCGAUGACCACUCUGUUCGUCAUAACUACUGGAGAAGGUUGGCCAGACAUUUUAGAUUCCGCCAUAUCAAGCUCUGGGAUUGACAAGGGACCAAAAUACGAAGUGAAUUUACCCGUUUCUAUCUUUUUUGUUGUGUAUAUUGCCAUUGCUCCAUUCUUCUUCCUGAACGUCUUCAUUGCUAUGAUAACAGUCGCAUUUCAAUCUGAAAAAGGGGAUAACAAGAAUGAAAAUGUCAUUGGGUUAACUGAAAACCAGGAACAUUGCAUACUAUAUGUUGCAAAAACUGAACCGGAUAGAACAAGAUUUGUACCAAAGGAUGCUUCUAAACCCCGCAGGAUAAUAUGGGAACUUGUUAUAUCUGAUCAUUUUGAAAAUUUUAUCAUGCUGAUGGUCAUUUUAAACACAAUAUGUUUAGUAAUGGAUUACCAGGAUCAGCCAGAGAAAUAUGCAUUAGCUUUGUGGUAUUCAAAUCUGACGUUCGUAGUUUUAUUUCUCCUGGAAGCAUCGUUGAAAAUACUUGCACUACACAAGAAUUAUUUUUCGGACAAUUGGAACAAAAUGGAUUUCGUUCUCCUUUUGGGCAGCGUUGUCGACGUCAUCUUAGAUUUUCAUCAGAUUCAAGGCAUAAACUUCCGGGCCUUUAGAGCAGCUCGUGUUAUAAAAUUGUUAAAGAAAUUCAGGCAACUCAGAUUCCUUUUAUGGAGCUUUUAUGUUUCUAUGAAGUCUUUGCCGUACGUGUUCUUUCUGAACUUUUUGUCAUUCUAUGUGUUUGCAGUUCUUGGAAUGCAGAUCUUUGGGGAUAUUAAACUUGAUGACAAGACUUCUAUCAACAAAUAUAAUAACUUUAAGAACAUAGGUACUUCCUUAUUAGUUUUAUUUAGAUGUGCCACAGGUGAAAAUUGGCAACAAAUAAUGCUUGACUGUAUGGACGGGCGGUCGUGUGAGGGCGCUGGCCGAAGCACUUCCUGUGGUACCGACUGGGCUUACCUAUACUUCAUCCUUUUUAUAACUUUAUCAACAUUUUUGGUAAUGAACCUGUUUGAAGCGGUAAUUGUGAACAACUUUGACUAUUUGCACCGUGACCCUUCCGAGGUGGGACCACAACAUCUCUAUGCCUUUACUGACCUUUGGCAUAAGUAUGCCAGUUUCCAUGACCCAGCGACUAUGAAUAUCAAAAACUUAGAAGAUUUUGUCAAGUCCAUGGAGCCCCCUCUUGGCUUUGGUAGUAGAUGCCCUAAAAGACAAGUGUAUCUGUUCCUGAUGAGAAUGAACUUGAAACUUACACGAAGCGAGACAGAUGGGUCGCUUUAUGUAAAUUUUUCGAACGUGAUGUUUGGUCUAGUGAGGCUAGCGCUAGGUCUUCACAAUGACCAAUGGAAGAAUGAAAAUUAUGCAGCUCUCAGAAGCACUAUCAAAAAACAAUUAAAAGUGGACGAGGACAGACUGAACCUAAUGAUACCAGAUUCUCAACCUGAGAUCGGGUUAAGGGAGUACAUCGUUAUCAAAAAGUGGAAAAAGUUCUCGCAGAGAGAGAUGCCCUUAUCAGAAAAUGCUCCACGAAAAAGGCUUUUCAGCUUAAAUAGGAAGGGCUCUCAAAGAGUAAGGAAGCCUAAAGCACGUUUGAAAAGAACAACGGUUCCUCAAAGCCAUUCCAUGGAGGACAGCUUUUCGGAGGUUUCUCAGAGUAAUUCUAUGUUGGAAAAUUAUCUGUGAAAACUUACCUAUUCAGUACUAACCAAGGCAUCUUUCACGUUUCGGCAUGGACAUUUUGAAAAAUGUGUGUCUCGUAUGUAAAUAAUUAUAAAAUGACGGUUUUAAGAGGCGUAAACAAAACGCCCUGCAUUGGUAGUACAAAGGUAUUCGAUAUUCACCUUGUUUUUUAUUGCUAAAUAUGCUGUUUUCAUGUUUGUAUCAUAUAACAAAAAGCAAAACCGUCCACUAAAAAUCUAAAUCGUAUUUAUUUCAUGAUAGUAUAAAAAGACUAGACAGUAUUUGAAAUUUUGCAGCACCGUUCAAUGCAA